CUCCCACGCAAGCGCAGCCGCUCUCUCGCGUAUCGACCAGACCAAGGAGCAACCCGCCUGCUUGCUCAAUCGCCAUGGAGAUGGAUGCGAUGGGGAAGCAGCAGAGGGAGGAGGUGCUCCUCCGCGCCGCCUCCGACGGCAACCUCCGACUCCUCAAGAAGAUGGCGCGGGCGAUGAGCUCAGGGGGCAAGGGCGAGGCCUCCGUCCUGGCGGCGGUGGAGGACGGCGAAGGGAACCGCGCGCUGCACCUGGCGGCCGGGGAGGGGCGGCUCGAGGUCUGCAGGUACCUCGUCGAGGACCUCCGCCUCGAUGUCAAUCAACUCAACUUCAAAGGUGAAACGCCGCUGUUCUGUUCUGCCCAUUCUGGGAGAGCUGCUGCUGCAACAUAUCUUCUUGAUCAUGGUGCUGAUCCAUCAGCUGGGAAAGGACGGUCACCUGUCCAUGGUGCUGCAGCGCGAGGGCAUUGUGAAAUGUUGGAAAUGCUGCUUUCAAGAGGAGCCGAUGUGGAUAUAGAUUCUGUACAAGGGACGCCAUUGCAUGCAGCUCUUCUUUAUAGACAAGAUGGCACAAUGAAGAUUUUGUUGGAGCACCAUGCCGAUCCUAACAAGGUUUUCGCUAUUGGUUAUACCCCGUUGAGUUGGGCUCUCCGGCCCAUGCCUACAGUGUCACUGGAAUCUGUCAAGCUACUCAUUGAGGCUGGUGCUGAUGUGGAUUUUAUUGACUUCACUGGUGAUAGUUACGUCAUGUUGGCAGUGAAGUAUGACAUACCUGGCACUGGCAUCUUGAAGUGCUUACGAGACGCUGGUGCUAACCCCAAUAUUCCAGAUGAAUGUGGUACGACACCAAUUGAACUUGCUGCCUCUAAAGGCCGUAGGGACAUGGUUGAAAUGUUAUUCCCUUUAACCUCUCCUAUUUCAACGCUGCCGGAGUGGAGCAUUGAUGGAAUCAUUUCUCAUGUGAAACACUUUGGUUUGAAGCCAAUGGAUAAGCAAGAGCGUGCAAAGAAAUUAACUGAACUGAAACAGAAAGCUUCAGAGGCUUUUAAGAGUGGGCAGUAUUAUAUAGCAGCACUGCUGUAUAGUAGUGCAAUGGCAUUUGGCCCUAGUCCAGAUGAUUUUGCAACCAUAUUGGCAAAUAGGAGUCUCUGCUCGUUGCGCGCUAUGAACGGAAGAACUGCUCUCGCUGAUGCUAGCAGUUGCAGAAUGCUCCGACCUCUUUGGCCAAAAGCCUGCUAUCGAGAAGGGGCAGCUUUUAUGUUAUUGAAGGACUACGAGAAAGCAUGCAAGGCUUUUGCCGAUGGCUUGAAGCUUGACCCUACAAACAGUCAUCUUGCAAAUGCUUUAAGGGAAGCCCAAGAGGCAGCGAAGAAUGCUCGUUGCCCUGGAAAGUAACUGACGCGCCCGUCUUACAAUGCAGAAUCUGUGGCUUUGUUUUGCUGCUAGCGCCUUUUAUCUAGUCUGAAAACUUCUAGAGUGCAGAUUCUCCCUGGAACGGUUUGAUCCGGAACAAGUAUCUGUGUGGCCAGCCACUUGCCUUCUGUCUGCGAUCUGGUGGCUCGCAGUUCUGGCAGUCGGUCGUCCAGCUUCUCCCGGUCCUCCGCAUCGGGACUUCCAUCUCGGUGGGGUCCAGUUCGACGACAUUGUUCUGGUUUGACAGAUGGGCUGGAGACUCCCCUUUUGCCGCGCGCUUUCCCGAUCUCUUCUCCAUCGCAGUUGAACCCCUGAUCUCGUUUGAGAGGGCCCUUAUUGAUCUAGGGCCCUUAUUGAUCCACCGCUUGGCGUGAGUUACUGGACUGUGUAGCACUUCACGAGCCGGUGGUGGACGAUGGCCCGGACCUGGUGAGAUGGC